AUGGAGACUGGUCUGGGCAUUGCACCCACACCUUCGAAGGUCACAGUUUUCCGACCGUUUUUCAUCAAACUAUCGCUGCCUUACUCUAUAAUAAGGGGCGAAACGGUAGCCAUUGAGGCCAUUGUCUUCAAUUACACCACAAAACCAAUUGAAUCGGAAGUAGUAUUUCAUAACAAGAAACAAGAGUUUGAGUUUAGCGACCAAUUGGACAAAAAAGGCGUAAAUGUCUCUGAAAAGAGACAAUUGGUGUCAAUCCCUGCCAACGAUGGUGUUUCGGUCACAUUCACGAUAACACCAAAAACUAUGGGUUAUAUUGACAUCAAACUUACGGCUACCUCAGCCAUGGCUGGAGACUCUGUGCUCAAGAAACUACUGGUGAAAGCCGAGGGUCAGACACAACACUUUAAUCAAUCAGUUCUCGUGGAUCUGAAAGAAUCGGCGAAUGUAUUGACGAAAAAUGUCUCAAUAGUUAUCCCGAAAAUAGCGGUUCCCGGCUCUCAGAAAGUAUGGGUGACAGCCAUUGGAGACAUAAUGGGACCCAUUGUUCAUAAUUUGGAUGAUUUACUGCAAAUGCCAUAUGGAUGUGGCGAACAGAAUAUGAUGUAA